AUGACGAAACCGAGGAUCAUCUCCAGAAGCUCCUUGCAAAAAGAGAACGAGUAUCGGAGGAACAUUAACCUGAGCAUCCAACUGAACCGCUGGACCCUGAAAGCGAUGAGGGUCUGGCCGUGCUCGAGCGAAGUCUCGAUACUCGAGAAAUACUUCGACGCGCUGAUGCACGUCGUUUAUUACUUUCUGAUUAGCUGCUUGUUCGUGCCGUCCUUCCUGUACAUGUUGCUCGACGUGCACAACACUCCCGGCAAGCUGAAGGUGUUCGGCCCGCUGAGCUUCUGCGUGAUGGCGUACCUCAAGUAUUUCUCGCUGGCGAUCCACGCGGACGAGAUCCGCGAAUGCUUCGAGCGCAUCGAAUGGGACUGGAAGAAUAAGAGAUACUCCAAGGACACGGACAUCAUGGUGGCCGACGCCAUCUUCGGCAGGAGAUUAGUGAAGAUCUGUAUAUUCUUCAUGUACAGCGGUUUCGCGUUCUAUUACAUCACCCUGCCGAUCAACAGGGGCAAGGUCACCGUGGGGAACGUGACCUUCAUCCCGAUGGUGUUCCCCGUGUCGAAUCUGUUCCCAGACGUCCGUCACAGCCCUGUCAAUGAAAUAUUCUUCGGGAUCCAGUUCAUGGGAGGAAUCGUGAUCCAUGGAGUAGCGGCCACCGCUUGCAGCCUGGCCGCAGCGUUCGCGGUGCACGCCUGCGGACAGGUGAAAGUCCUGAUCGGCUGGAUGGAUAAUUUGCUAGAGGGCCGCGCGGAUAUGAGCUCGUCGGUGGACGACAGGAUCUCGAGCAUCGUUAGUCAACACGUCCGUGUACUGAAGUUCUUAUCGGUCACGGAGGAAGCUCUGCAAUCGAUAUCUUUUGUAGAAUUCACAGGAUGCACCUUGAAUCUAUGUCUCCUGGGAUAUCACGUUAUAAAGGAAUGGGACCCGAAUGAUAUCACUGAAUCUCUGACGUUCUUCAUACUGCUUAUAUCUCUCACCUUCAACAUCUUCAUAUUCUGUUACAUAGGAGAACUUGUCGCUAAAUAUUGCAGUAAGAUCGGCGAAGUUGCGUACAUGAUUGAUUGGUACAAACUACAGGGUAGCAGAAAGCGUUCCGUCGUUCUGAUGAUCGCGAUGGCUAAUACCGAGACGAGACUCACGGCGGGUAAUAUGGUUGAACUGUCUCUAAGCACAUUCGGUGACGUGGUCAAAACGGCUGUCGGAUUUUUGAACAUGUUGCUAGCGGUAUCAUAA